AAUAUACUGAGAUCUGAACUCACCAUAGAGGAUGUCCACAAACCUUUAUACAUUUGCUUCUCCGACGUUAUCGGGAAUCCAAAAAUUCCGGUUUUCCAGUGCCCGGGCACCUGGAAUGCAAGCCAUUAUAUACAUAAUCGAUAAGUCCUCAUACGAAGUCAAGAGGGAAGACGAAGACCAAGUCAUAACUAGUAUCGAAGAGUUGGAAGAAGAAUUGCCUCCUAAUGCUCCUAGAUUUGUUAUCUUGUCUUAUCCUUAUAAAACCAGAGAUGGAAGGUCUGUGUCUCCUUUGGUGAUGUUGUACUGGAAGCCAGCUACUUGUGGCCAGCAAAGCAAGAUGUUGUACGCUGGAGCCCUUGAAUUGUUCCGUGAUAAAGCUGGAGUUUCCAAACUAGUGCUGAUUGAGGAUGAGGAGGAGCUUGGCCUGAUACAAGACCUUAUCCAGUAAAGUACUUUAGAUUUAUAAAUCGUAAAAAAAUACGAAUACAUAAAAGGUUA